AUGAGUCAUCUUCCAGGAGUAUUGUUCUUCUGGAAAGAUCCGGAAAGACCAAUUGAUAUGAUACUUCUCCAGUCAGAUCAGUCCAAGAGUUUUGGUAAAGAAGAGCAUUUAUGCUAUUGGGAGAUCCGUUUGACUGGAAUAGCUGAGGAUAUUAUUUUAUCCUUCAGUCUUACUCUCAGAUUCAGCAGUAAUCAAUACUCAUUCACAACAGUUAGAAAGUUGGCAGAUAUGCAGAGCAAUAUCUCCGGAUAUAUGAGUGCAAUGACAACUGGGUACGGUGCUCUCUCACAGCAGAUCAAUGAUUUGGUGUCUGAGAGAAUCUCCCUUAGAUUCUUCCAAGAAGAUGGAGGGGAAAGAGCUGGCGUCCCACCAAUGAACAUGGCACCAUUCCCACCCCAAGUGCACAGUUCUGAAAGCAGUUCCCAGCAGCCAGCCACACCUGCUAGAUAUAGAAUGAGCAGAGGUGUACAGACAAUAACGGAUUUUUGUGUCUCAGUACAGGAGAUGGAGACGAGAUAUAGUGUUGCAUGGAGAAAUGAUGAUCAUCAAUUCUUUAACAGAUAUAAAAAAAUUGUCAAUUGCAUCAAGGAGUACGCAGUUAUUCAUUCUGUAAGUGAGAAAACAAGUGUCAAGAUUGCAGAAGCAAAUCGACUUUGUUCAUUUGUUGCUAAUAUUUUUGCUAUAUUUCACUUCAUUUGA